GCAGUUUCGAUUGUAAAUUAUGAUGAAGCUCAGUCGGCAAUUCACUGUUUUUGGAAGUGCCAUAUUCUGUGUUGUUAUCUUCUCAUUGUACCUGAUGCUGGAUCACCUGCAAUUAGACCAUACCAAAAGUCCAAACAACGGUGGGGAUAAAUUGCAAAAUGGCCAGUUGUCCAUCCUGCAGGAUAAGAUUGACCGCUUGGAGAGACUACUGUCAGAGAACAAUGAGAUCAUAGCCAACAUCAGGGACUCUGUGAUCAAUCUGAAGGAGUCGGUCAAGGAUGGCCGUGGGGGUCUUGACGGCGGGAACAUGAGCCAAGGGCCCUAUCUAGAACUGCUGGCUUCGCCUCCACUGGUCCUCCCUAUUGACUCACAAGACUGUCAAUUUGCGGCAAGGGAGUUCUCCAAGCCAGCAGAUGGGGUGCAGUUGCUAGAUGUGUAUGACCUCCUGACCUUUGACAACCAUGAUGGGGGAGUGUGGAAACAAGGCUUUGAUAUCACCUACCAGGAGAAUGAAUGGGACAGCGAGCCACUGCAAGUCUUUGUUGUGCCCCACUCACACAAUGAUCCUGGAUGGCUGAAGACGUUUGACGACUACUACCGGGACCAGACCCAGCACAUCCUGAACAACAUGGUGGUGAAACUCCACGAGGACAGCCGCAGGAAAAUGAUCUGGUCCGAGAUCUCAUACUUCUCCAAGUGGUGGGACAACAUCGACGACCAGAAGAGAGAUGCUGUCAAGAGUCUGUUUGAGCAUGGCCAGUUGGAGAUCACAACGGGAGGCUGGGUGAUGCCUGAUGAGGCCAAUUCGCAUUACUUUGCAUUAAUUGACCAGCUAUUGGAGGGACACCAAUGGUUGGAGAGAAAUGUGGGAGUGAAACCCCAGACGGGCUGGGCUGUGGAUCCGUUUGGCCACUCCCCUACCCAGGCGUACCUGUUGAAACAGGCUGGCCUGGCCAACAUGCUCAUCCAGAGGGUGCACUACUCCGUCAAGAAACACUUUGCCAGUCAGAAGACACUGGAGUUCUUUUGGAGACAGAACUGGGACCCAGCCUCCAGCACGGACAUUCUAUGCCACAUGAUGCCCUUCUACAGUUAUGAUGUUCCCCACACGUGUGGUCCCGACCCCAAGAUCUGCUGCCAGUUUGACUUCAAAAGACUUCCUGGUGGGCGGGUCAGCUGUCCCUGGAGGGUCCCCCCUCAGCCAAUCACGGAUGGGAACGUACAACAGAGGGUUCAGAUGCUGCUGGACCAGUACAGGAAGAAGUCCAAGCUGUUCCGAACCAAGGUGGUGAUGGUCCCCCUAGGGGAUGACUUCCGCUAUGCAGAGGCCUUGGAGUGGGACCAGCAGUUCCAGAACUACCAGAAGCUCUUUGACUACAUGAACUCUCAUCCAGAACUACACGUCAAGGCUCAGUUCGGCACCAUCACGGAUUACUUCAAUGCUCUUCGUAAAUCGGCCAUAGACCCCGGUCACGCUAGUGCCUCUUUACCGGUGGUCAGCGGCGACUUCUUUACCUACGCAGACCGAGAUGACCACUACUGGAGUGGCUACUUCACCUCCAGACCCUUCUACAAACGCCUGGACCGUGUGCUGGAGUCACACCUCAGGGCAGCUGAGAUCCUUUACUCCCUGACCCUGGCUAAUAUUCAGAGGUUUAGGAAGCUGAAUGAUUUCCCAGCUGUGAAGAACAACAGACUGCUCACUGAAGCCAGGAGGAACCUGGGCUUGUUCCAGCAUCAUGACGCCAUCACAGGCACCGGCAAGGACGUGGUAGUGAUCGACUACGGUACCAGGUUGUUUCAUUCCAUUUUGAAUUUGAACCAAGUGAUUGUCAACUCCGCUCACUGGCUGGUGUUAAAGGACAAAAGUGCAUACAGUCACAAUCCGUCAAAAGCCUUUCUUCAAAUGGAUGACAUCCAGCCUGCUCAAGAUGCCCUGCCUCGAAAAACCGUUCUGAAAAUCAGCUCACAGCCUAGGUCUGUGGUCGUCUACAACCCCACGGAGCAGGACCGCACAUCAGUGGUGACCGUGUACGUGAACACGCCCCACGUGUGUGUGAUCACGGACCACGGUCAACCCGUCCCCGCUCAGGUUAGCGCGGUCUGGGAUGACUCCACCACAGCUUCCACAGAGGCCUUCCAGUUGUCCUUCGUAGCACAGGUGCCAGCGCUGGGUCUUGGGCUGUACCAGUUGAGUACGGCUGUGAGCGGCGGAGCGGAGACGGCAGAGUAUGUUUUCCUCAGACAAGGCGGCGAACUAUCCGUCAACAUGAAGCACUUCACCGUCAACAUCCCCCAGGACGCCUCCACCCCCCUCAGCAUCCACAACCCCCACCUCCAGAUCUGGAGCUCCCCCACCACCGGCCUGAUGGAGAGAUUGAAGCUGAAAGAGAACGGCUCAGAACACCAGAUCAAGGUGGAGUUUGCGUGGUACGGCACAACCAGCAACCGAGAUAAAAGCGGAGCCUACUUGUUCCUGCCCGACGGGGAAGCCAAGAUGUACUCUCCCGCCCGGUCUCCAGUGAUACGGGUAACCAAAGGAUCUGUGUUCUCUGAGAUCACCACUACCUUCGAUCACGUGACACACACUCUACGCCUGUAUAACGUUCAAGGUGUGGAGGGCCAGGCAGUGGAGAUCUGUAACUUGGUAGAUAUAAGGGGGGAGUUCAACCAUGAAAUUGCUAUGAGGUUAACAUCAGAUGUGGACAGCAAGGAUCGAUUCUUCACAGACCUCAACGGAUUCCAGAUCCAGCCCAGAAGAACCAUGGCCAAGCUUCCCCUUCAAGCCAACUUCUAUCCCAUGACCAGCAUGGUCUACAUCCAGGACCUCGGUACCAGACUGACCCUGCUCACUGCACAGUCUCUGGGCUCUGCUAGCCUUGUGAGUGGCCAGUUGGAGGUGAUUAUGGAUCGUCGGCUGAACCAGGAUGAUAACCGCGGGCUGGGCCAGGGUGUCCUGGACAACAAAGUUACCGCCAGCACUUUCCGCCUGCUCCUGGAGAAGAGGACCAAGACCGAUGGGGGGGAGAAACGCUCUCCCAUCAGCUACCCGUCUCUGCUGAGUCACGUGUCGUCGCUGUACCUGAACCACCCUCUGAUCUCCAUGGCUGUCAGCACGGAGGCACAGUCCCUGUCCUUGUCCGCCUUCACCCCGCUGGCCUCAUCGCUGCCCUGUGACAUCCAUUUGGUCAAUCUACGCAGCAUACAGUCCAAGGAGGACGGGGGUGGUCCGUCGGACGAGGCGGCUUUGAUUCUGCACAGAAAAGGCUUUGACUGCGCCUUCUCCAAUAGGAACACAGGGCUACUGUGUGCCACCACGCAGGGGAAGAUCCACACGGAGAAGCUGUUUUCAGAACUGAGAUUCCAGAGCAUCAUCCCUGUAUCCCUGACUCUGAUGCAUACGACUGAGGGAGGGUCGAGCAAAGAGGAAAUCAGACUGAAACCAAUGGAGAUCAGCACAUACCGCGUACAGCUGACAUGACAGCUGGCCAGAGAGCCUAGUCAGUGCCUGCCAUGGCACAUGCCCAAAAUCUGGCCUCUGUUCCUGUGCCGAAAAACAUUGUCAGCGAGGCUAUGCAGAAGCCUAGGGACAUAGUACAUCCUUGGAACAGACGGAA